UUGUCAAGGUGUGAGCUGCGUGACUCAUCUUUGUAACAGAAGACAAACAUAAGAACCAACACAAGGAUUCCUUGCCCAAUAAUCUAACUCUCCCCCACCAUCAUCACCUUGUCACUCCAACUGGCACAUUCAAGCAUCCCAUGUCCAACACCCUUCACGCACAUGAUGUAUACUCAAGCUGACGCCGCCGCAAUCGCCCGCCUUUCUCUUCACGACCCCAUCCAUCUCGCCGUCCAGGAAGCUCAGACACUUCAUCGCCUGGCGCUCCUGGAGGCGUGGAACAUCGCCGCCGGAUCGAAGAUACUGGAAUUAGGGUGUGGUCAGGGUGAUUGCACCGCUGUCCUUGCCUCUGCUGUGGGCGAACAAGGCAGCGUCAUAGCAGUCGAUCCAGCGGACUUGAAUUACGGUGCCCCCCAUACCCUCGGUCAAGCACAGCAUCAUCUCUCUCAGGGCACUCUGGGCAAGCAGAUUACUUGGGUCCAGCAAUCGCCUCUUGACUACCUCUCUUCACUCUCUUCGCCAUCUGGCACCCAAGACAACACCUUUGACGCGACGGUGCUCGCCCAUUCCCUAUGGUAUUUUGCCUCGCCAUCCCUCAUUCUGUCCACGUUCCGCGCCAUCAAGCAGCAUAGCAAACGUCUCCUCCUGGCCGAGUGGUCGCUGGUCGCGACGCAGCCAUCGGCACAGCCACACGUGUUGGCUGCUCUCACUCAGGCAUCCUUAGAAUGCCGGAAGGCGAGCAGCGCGUCAAACGUUCGUACCGUGCUGGGACCAAAGCGUCUUACCGAGCUGGCUCGGGCGGCCGGCUGGCAGCUGGAGGAUGAGACCCUCGUACAGCCUGGCGACUGUCUGUUUGACGGACGAUGGGAGGUGGCUGCCUGUCUUUCUUCGUCUUUCGAGAAGCAAAUAGAGGAGCACGUGAGCGAUGAGCGAGAACGGGCGGUGGUUGUUGCCUCCCGGGAUGCCUGUGAAGCAAGCUUGAAGGGUGUCCAGGGUGGUCGAAAGGGAGUGAAGUCCAUGGAUGUUUGGGUGGCCUCCUUUAUAUGAACGUCAGUCAGCCUACGAACGUCAGCCAGUCUACGUAACCUUGGUUUACAUGUUCCCUCAACUCUGAUACGACAAAAGAUACAAAUGUACAGUGUACUCCAUUCCAUGCUAUGUCUAUCGUAAUUACUCAUGCCUCUCACUCCAAGAAAAAUCAGUUGGCGCU